AUGGCGCCAGCACUCACUUCUCCCUCGCCUAGUGCACCACACACACUCUCCGACCCAACCACUACAACCACAAAGAAAGCCCCCAAAUCCAUCUUCCCAGAUGGAAUACGCACAUCAGGCCAACACGAGCCCAUAUACUCCCUCUUACAACCCUACUCUGCCUUCCCCAAAGAAAUCACCGGCCCAACAGCAUGGAGCAAAACAGACUACGCAUCCAACCCCGAACGCUGGACGCACAUCUUCUCCGCGGACGAAGUGCGCGAGAUGAGCGAAGCAGCAGAUGCCUUCAUCGCCUCUGGAACACCCUUGACAGGCAUCACUAAAGAUCUAUUCCCACUUCCCAACUUCUCAAAGUUCCUUGAGCCGUUGCGAAAAGAAUUGAUUGAUGGAAAGGGAUUCAUUCUCUUUAAAGGUAUGCCUGUUGAGCAGUGGGGGAACCAGAAAUCUGCUGUUGCGUAUAUGGGUCUCGGAACGUAUCUGGGUUACUUUGUGAGCCAGAAUAGUCGGGGUCAUGUACUUGGGCAUGUGAAGGAUCUGGGUGAAGAUGCCACGGCGAUCGAUAAAGUGCGGAUUUAUCGGACGAAUGCCAGGCAGUUCUUCCAUGCCGAUGAUUCGGAUCUGGUGGGGCUGUUGUGUGUGGCUAAGGCGUUGGAGGGUGGGGAGUCUGAUCUUAAAAACCACCCUGAUGUUGCCGAACUACUCACCCAACCUAUCUGGUACUUUGACCGCAAAGGCGAGACAAGCGUUGGACAGAAGGAAUGGAUUAAAACCGCCGUGUUCUACCUCGAGACGGGAGAGAAUCCAAGGGUCUACAGCAAAUUCGACCCCUACUUUGUCCGUUCCUUGACCCGUUUCUCGGACGCAGGUCUCGUCCCCGCUCUUUCCGACGCCCAAGAGCGCGCCAUUACCAUUCUCGAGGAGAUAUGCCAAAAGCAUGCGCUGCACAUGAUUCUGGACGUGGGCGAUAUCCAGUUCCUGUCCAACAACCAUAUAUUCCACGCCAGAACAGCGUACAAAGAUUAUGCGCCACCGGCGCCAAGGAGGCACUUGAUGAGGUUGUGGUUGAGUACGCCGGAGGGCGAGGGUGGAUGGAAAUUGCCGUUCCACGAUAGUAACGAGAAGAAGAGGGGUGGGAUUCAGGUCAACGAUACGGCACCCGUUGCACCGUAUGACGCGGAGUAA